UAUCUGAGCAGCAGCAGCAGUAGUAUCACAUGCAGCCUGUAGGGGGCAGCAGGUCCAGAUCGGUUUAAAACCGAAGACGGGGCACUUCCUGCCAAGCUGUUGCCAUGGCAAUCGGACAUGGCGCCUGGGAGCCAACAGAUCCUUUCGUCCACUCCGCUGCAGGUCCUCCUCUACCUGAACAGCUGGUACUUUGCUGCCUUCUACCUGGCAGAGAUUCUGAUGUUCAUCUAUAAAGGGCUUGUACUCCCCUACCCGGCAGAUAAUCUGGUUCUGGACGUGGUGCUGCUGCUGCUCUUCCUCGGUCUGGAGACUCUCAGGAUCUUUUACGGUUGGAAGGGGAAUCUGUGUGAGCGCUCUCUGGCCUCGUGUGCGUCGCUCUUCAUCCUGGUUCCCUGUGCGGCGCUGGCUGUUUACUACCUGCUGCUGCAGACCUUCGUCCUGCGGCUGGAGUUCCUCCUCAGCGCCGUCCUGCUCUGCUUCUACAGCCUCGAGUUCCUGCUCGGACUCCUCUCCGUAUCCGCCUUCUCCAGGUCCAAAGUGUACUGAAGAAGACAUACUUCACCUGAAACACAGAGCAGCACACGGAUCAACAGUGGAUGUCAAAUGUACAGAGACUUUCUUCAGAUGCCACGUUGUAAAUAAAACAUUGUCUAUUUUCCUAUUAAAAUGUAAAUCUGUUCGACACUGAAUAUUAUCUACUGUUGGUUUUAUACAAACUGUUUGUACUAAGAUCCAUCCACUUAUCUGGGUCCAGGCUGCGUUCAUUUAAGUAAUUCUAUCAUUAGGAAUGAUUGUUAUAUACUGCUGGGAAGUUCUGAAAAAUAUCUGAUAUAAUAAUGAAUAAUUUGAGUCCAUACCGUCCCUGCUGGUUUCCAUCUUACUUUCAUACUCAGGCCAAAUACCUGAUGACACUGAACUGCUUUUGACGUGGCAUUAAGAAGCUCUUUAAAAUGUAUUAAAUGUAACUUUGUGAGCCAUAAUAAUAUCGAGGUACAGGACAGUCUGUGGAAACACGAAACCAUCCUACUGAGGCGGUAAAGAACAUCAAUACAGACAAAAAAAGACGUUAAGAUUGAUCCUACAGGAAACGUAAUGUUGAUGGUUUUAAUUGUAAGUAAUAAAAGUCAAACACAGUCAAACGGGAGAGCAGGACAUCUUACCAGGACUUGGUGCACCAGGUGAUGAUGGCGAUCACGUAGAGAGAGCGGACGACGGGCCACCAGAAGAUCCACAUGUUGGUGUUGUGGCUGACCUCGCGGAAAUGUUUCUCCCUGAACUGGGAAGCAACAGACAGCACAACGUCAACACGAGCACCGCGUCCUGUCAAUUCAGCCGAUCGCGCUUCCUUCUGUCCUCGCCGGCUCUGCAACUUUAACUGUUUUAAACAGUUUUAAACUGGGUUUACUGGUUUUUCUUCUUCGCUUGUCUUAUUUUCCGCAGUAUUCCAAGUGCAUCCUUACUCACUCAAAGAAGGAAGAGGUCCAAAUAUUUGUCCCAUACAGCCACGAUUUAUGGUCUUAUAAUGUCCAGCCUUUGUCUGAAAAGGACACCCACUGCACCGGUAGCCUCACACAGUCCAAUUAUUCAUUUUAUUUAUUUAUUUUGUCUUUAUUAAGUCUGUUCUCUUCUUUGUGUAAUAAACACAUGUUGACUACCUA